CGGAGAGCUACCCUGCUUCGGGGUGUUCGCCAGUUCCUCCUUUUGGCAAAACGGCCAUGUGGCAAGAUUUGCUCCCCGGACGCUGGGAGAGCUGUGGGGACCGGCCAGCCUCGCUGUUGGCCUUCGAGAAGUUCUUGAAGAAGGACCAUGGACAGGUCGUCCCAGAUGUGGAAGAGCUUCAGCAGCUGCAGGACCACGAGGCCAAGUUGAUGGAGGGCCUCGUGGAGACCGGUUUGGAGUCGGUCCGCGUCUCCUCCGCGGCCGGAAGGUGCCUCUACCUCUACUGCACGUGCUUCGCAGCCUUUCCUCAACUCUGGAAACAUCUGCUGCGGCGCUUCAAUGCUUCCCUGACCUUCCCGCGACUGCAAGCCUUGCUGCGCCUGCUGCGGGGCAUGCUGGAAAUGGACCCCUGCGAAACGGUGAGCUUUGAGGGUCGGGAUCGAAGCCGAGGUGCCAGGGUGUUGACGGGCACGCCUGCGACGAAGCUCUUCGAGAACUUGCUCAAGGUCCUGGAGCAGACGCAGCACCAGCGGAUGCUGCACGAGGUGGUGCCCCCGUUGGCCCUGGCAGCGGAACGGGCGCCGCAGGAGUUCAGCGACACCUUUCAGGCGUCGGUGCAGUUGCUCUAUGACUGGGCCGUCCGCCCAGGACUGUCCGAUGACUGCCGUGCCAUUCUCAACACGGCUUUUGCCGCCUUCAGUGCUCAGUGGCAUCAGGAGCGCCACACGGACUUCUCGGCGGCGCUGCACCAACAGGUGCUGGCCGAAUUGCAGAGCGCUGGCGAGCAUGAGAAGCUGCAUGCCUUAGUCUUCAGUUUUUACGGCCUCUCAAAGGCUAUGGGGAACCUGGGUGCUCACUAUGCAGAAGUGGCUCCCCUACUGCUCCGAUGCAUCGAUCAGGCAGCGCAGCUCAGUGGGCUUUUUGCGUCCGAUGGCCAGAGCCGUUUCUGUCAGCGGUCCGCAUGGACACAGCGUUCCAUUUCCCUCAUCUCACGGGGGAUGUGCCAUAUCCGGCUGUGCACCUCCGUGCACUUGGCCGCCCUCCGAGCCCUCGGCGCCGAGCCAUCGCCCUCGCCCUCCUCCGCGAUGGCGGCGCUGGAGGUGCUGCAGAGUGGGACCUUCCGAGAGCUCAAGGCCUUGAGCGACGUGGGGCUCCGACAGCUCUGCGAAGCCACCUGGGAAGCCAUGCUGAACCACUCCUGCGGGGAGGUGCUUCAGGCGGCUUGCCUGGAGAAAGUCUUGGAGGAGUUGCAGGAGCUCGUGCCGGUCUCGGACACCGAGUGUUUGCACGCCGGAGUGGCCAACUUGCAGCUUCUACAGCACUACUCAGGGGUCCUGGAGCCCAAGCAGCAGCAGGUCCUCUCCGAGAGCCUGCGCCCCAUCUUGGCGGCCAGCCGGCAGACGGACGGUCAGAGCGAGAUGCUCCUGGCGGCAAAGCUGCUGCGGCUCCUGGACGACGAAGCGCUGGUGGAGUGGAUUGCGGAGGAGGUCUCGCAUCUCGUGGCAGCGCGUCCGCACUCGAAGGGCCUUCGUCUGCUGCAGUCCUUCUCUUCGGUGCCUGGUACCUUCUGGCAUUGCUUCGGUGGGCGCCUGAAGCUCUGGGAGCCGACCUUCCAAACGGCGGAUCCCCAGGCGCUGGCCGAGUGCGCGCUGGCGCUCUGGCGCGACGAGCCGCGCUUCGGGCGCCUGCUGCGGAGUUGCUUUGGGCAGCUGAUGGACCCACUGUGCCCCGGCGAGGCAGCAGCGCGGGGGCGCCAGAAGCUCUGGGCGAAGCUGGCGGCUGCACGGCUGGACCUGGGCGAGGCGCUGGUGGCGCCCAGUGGCGUGUUGCGAAGCUUGCUGGUGACCAGCUCCGAACUCAGCAGUGAAUCCCUGGGCAGCCUGUUGACAGCCCUCCGCACCUUGAGCCCGGGCGACGGGACGCAACACCGGGACUUUCGAGAGUACUUGUCCUCCAUGCUUUGGCGGGCGCCAGGAGUCCCCAACAACCUGAAGACCCUUUGGCUGCUGUUGCUGGCUGCGGCGUUCUUCGUCUCGCACCGCCUGAAGUCGCCCUUCGGCUCGGCGUCCUCGAGCCUGCAGAUGCUGGAGACGAUGAUGAUCGAGUCCUCGAGCAAGGUGGCUCAAAAGGUCGCGGCGAGCCUCUCGAAGCAGGGAGCGGCCUUGGAUGCCAGCAUCAUUGACGGGAGUUUCUGCCCUUUGGCCUGUGUUCAAGUGGUCUUCGCGCUGGAGCAGCUGAUUCUACUGGCGCAGGAGCCGGUGGUCUUCAAACCAGAGGUUCCCGAUCGGACUGGACGCGUUUCGAAGCAGUUCUUCGAGGCCAACCGAAAGGUCUGCGCCGAUUGGUUCCACCGGAUGCGUGGACUGCUGCAGCACACCUUGGCGCGCUACGGCUCGCACGCGGCGACCUAUUCCCUCACGCAGGCCCGCUUGGUCGAUGCUCUCAGCCACCUGAGCAGCACCGAACCCUUGCCCUUGUCGGAGCACGCCUUGCAAGUGCUCACUCGGAGGAAGGCAGAGGGUGCCCCGGGCCUGCGCCGCGAGCUGAUCCUCUCCACGGUCUGGCCAGCACCGUCCGCGGGCGACACGCGCGACGCGCGCGCGCUGAUGCCGGCGCUGGAGCAGCUGGAGCCGCGCCGUUCCGGAGGAACGCAGCGGGUGACGAUCCUGACAGAUCCCAAGAACAGCUUACCAUCGCACAAGGCCGUGGAAGCCUUGGACCAGAACCUCGUGCCGUUGCUCUCGAGCGCCUUGCGCCUGCGCGACGUGGGUCUGUGCCGCGGCGUCCUGGCGCUGCUCUGCCACGGCGCCUGGGCCUUUGCCGCGCCCACGGGGCGCGCGGUGGUGCUCUUCCAGGAUGCUUUGCUGUGCUUCGCACAGAAGCGCUACGAGGAGGCGAAUCUGCUCUUUGCCAAGUCCUAUGAGGACCCCGAUGCGUGGGAGGACACGAACAACGCGGCGGAUGUUAGGCGCUUGGGCUCCGGGCGUGGUCUGCAGAAUCUGCUGGCGCGAACCUGGCUGGACAGCGCGCUGGAGGCGCGCGAUGAAGAGGCGCUCCAGGCGUGGCUGCGGAUGCACCAGGGCUGGGCGCCGGAGGCAAUGGUGGCCUUUGCCCAAUCGUACGAGCUACUCCUGAAGCGAGACUGGGAGGCGAGCCGCUCGGCCCUGGGCACGGCCCAAGCCGCCAGUGCCGCCGCCUGGGCGGCCGCGGCCGACGCGGACGCGUCCGCGGCCCGCGGGGGCGAAGGGGUGGCGAGGCUGUCGAGGUGGGACGAUCUGCAUGCGCUGUUCAUGGUGGAAGCGGCCGUGGAGGUCAAGUUGGGCUCGGAGCUGGCACCCCAAGCGUUGCGCCAGGCACGGUCCUCACUGGAGACAGAGAUCAGUGCGCUGUGCCAUACUGAGCCCUUGCUGCUGAGCUCCCUUCAGGUGCAUGACGAGCUGCAUCCACAGCUGGAGCUCUUAGAUGCCUUGGAAUCGCCCGAGAAGACGGGCUGCUCAGCGGCAGCGCUUCGUCGUGCGGCUUCCUUGGAUCUCUUGGAGGUGCUACAGGUGCCAGAAGCCGAUGCCUUGAUGCAGACUUGCAUGCAGGAGCGGAGCUACAAGCUGGCGGAGUGGGUUUUGGACACCCAGCAGGUCUUGGAGCCGAGCCUUUGGCGCUCCAAGCUGCUGAUGGCGCAGCGCGAGCGGAUGGCCGAAGGUUUGCAGGUCUUGGACUAUGCCCUGGCCUCGGCCUUCACGAAGCUGCGAGACGCGGACUUCCGCCGCGGCCGUCGGGCGGUGCACCACGAGAUCGCCGGGCUCUCCUCUCAGCUGCUGUCCUCCGUGGGCGCCACGCCCUCGCCGCGCGUGCUGCGCUCGCUGGUGGGGCUGGGCAAGCACCUGGCAGCGGAAGGUGCGCCGGGGCAGCUGUUCGACGAGUGGGCCGGGCGCUGGUGCACGGCGCUGAUGGUUCCCGAGCUGUCGACGACGCUUCCGGGUGCACAGCUGAACCCCUUCUUCAUGGGCCAGUGGUUUGAACAGACCUGCCAGCUGUGCGAUGAUGGCCACCUUUGGGGGCAGUACGCGGAUUGGCUUUUCCUGCAGGCCUGGUCCUUGGAGCCCGCCUACGUGGAGGCCGUGCUUUCGGCGGCCCUCGGCAGCGCGGCCCCGCCGGAGCUGCCGCAGCUGGCGCGCUGGGUGGCACAGGGUAUCCGAAGGUGGGUGAAGCAUGAGAGCGGGCGAGCGACCGCGAUGUCUUUGCAGUGGCUCUUGAAGCACUCCAAGGUGGGGCAGUGCAGGUGCUGGAAGGACUUGGGAGAGCAACGGGCAGCGGCGCUGGCCGAGCCAAUUGCAUUCUUGGCAUCCACCUUCAGCCAGUGGCAACGCGCGGCUGGUGCACAGACCAUCGAGGCGUACGUCCGGCACCUGAACCGCUCCGAGCUGCCGCCCAGCCAUCCGCGCGUGCAGCGCGCGGUGCUGCGGUCCUUGCGGCUCACGGAGCGGCACCUGCAGAGGCCCAGCGCACUGGAGUGGCUGGAGACGCGUUUCCCGGAGCCGCUGCUGCCACAGCUUCUGGCUUAUAUGAACGGUCCCUCCACGGAGCACAGCGUGGCCACGGUGGCUGCAGGUUUGUUCGAGCGGGUGGCCGAUCGGAAGCCACAUGUGGUGCUCUUCCCAGCGCUGGCAGCAGAGGAGUCUUCCAAGGCGCUGGCCAUCGCCCAGCGUCUGCAUCCGGCGCUGCUGGGCACCGCCUCGCGCUUCGCACGCGCGUUGAACGCCAUGGCCAUCCCGGUGGAUGAGGUUUGCGCGCGGAUCCUGCACUUCGCAGAGUCCUUCUUGGCGCCCAAGCCGGUGGACGAGGUUCCGAGCUGUGCUCCGCAACUCUUGGGUCCUCUGCUGGACUUGCUCGAAGACCUCGACGUGGAAAAGCCCCAUCGCAGCGGCAGUCCCUCCCAGGUGCUGUGUUUGAUGGGCUGUGCGCCCUCGCUGGACUCUGUCUAUGCGCGGCGCUUCUUGCAGAUCUUCCUCCCGCCCCUCCGCAGGAUGCUCUACCUGCAUGGCCCGCAUCGUCUCGCGAAGGGCGCGCAGGAGCUGCAAAGGAGCUUGUUGGCCCAUCUCCACGUGUUGCAGCGAAGCUGCAACCACUUCGCGAGCAGCAGCGUGCCCUUGGUGGACCUGGCGCCCGACCUGCUGCAGAUGUUUCAAGACCAGGAGCAGAUCAUCCUUCCCAUCGACGUGGCGCCUGGCGCGCCGCUCAUGCGCCUCACGCGCGCGUCGGAGGUAGUGCACUUGCUCUCCACCAAGACCAAGCCCAAGAAGUUAAGCUUUGAGGCGCAGGAUGGCACCUGGCACAGCUUCCUCCUCAAGGGCAGCGACGAUUUGCGCUUGGAUGGCCGAAUCAUGCAGCUCUUGCAGAUGGCCAAUGCGGUGGUGGAGGCGGGCGCUUGCAAGGCCUUAGAGGCCUUGGGCCCCACCUGCGGGACUCGUGGCCUGCGCUGCCGGGGGUAUGAUGUGGUUCCCAUCGCUGCCAGGGCGGGGCUGAUCCGCUGGGUGGCGGCCGUGCCGCUCUUCGUGAUCCACAAGCAACGGCGCCAGGCAUCUCAAAAGCAGGAGACGGAAAAGCCCAAGGCCUUGGCGAGUGCCGACCUGUGGCAUCGGAAGAUUCAACAACACCUCAGGGCGAUGGACUCGGAUGUGAACCACCCGCGCCGGCACUGGCCGAUGGAGGCGCUUCGGAGGACCUUUGAUGAGAUGCAAGCAGAUUCGCCCUCGGACCUCAUCAGUCGCGAGCUUUUCUUAAGCUCUCUCCAUCCAGGACAGCACUUCUUGCGGCAGAGGGCAUAUACCUUGUCGACCUCAUUUAGCUCGAUCUUGGGGCAUCUCAUUGGCCUGGGAGAUCGUCACUUGGACAACCUGCUCUUGGACCUGACCACCGGAGAGGUGGUGCACGUGGACUAUUCCAUUUGCUUUGACCGUGGCCAGCGCUUGCGUGUACCAGAGCGGGUGCCCUUCCGCCUCACGCGGUGUAUGGUUCAUGCUCUUGGGCCUCUGGGUUUGGGUGGUCCCUUCGUGCAGACGAUGGAGGUGGGCUUGGGUCUCAUCGCCGAGUGGCGCGAGCUCAUCCUCUCCUUGAUGGAGCCUUGCUUGGCCUUGGCGCCGGUGAAUGAUUGGGUGGCGCCGGUGAUGAGCCCCUUCCAAAAGACCAAGGAGGUGAAAGAAGCGAAGGUGGACACGUCCAAGGAUCACAAAGAGGAGGCGGCCCCCGCAGCGCCUCCCGGGCUGGCGCCGAGCGGGCCUGCGCCCAGCGCGGCGGCGAGGUCCAGCAGCGAGGCGCCGGUGAAGUUGGAGGCCGAGAACCAGUUGGAGUGGCCCACCCUGGGCGCCGCGCCGCCGCCGCCGCCGCCCGGGCCUCCGCCACCUCCACCGGACGCGGCGGGCGCGGCGGGCGCCGUUGCGGAGGCCUCUGAGAACAGCUCGGAGGAAAGCCACGAGACGCCAGCCCGCGACGAGGACGAGGACGAGGAGGGCGAGGAGGGCGCCCGCAGCGAUGGGUCGGAGCCGCCGAAUGGGGAGGAGGAGCGAUUGCUGGCGCAGGACAGGGAGGAGGACGA